AUGUCGCAUCUGCCUCCGCAGGGCGGAUUCCCGCCUCCCCAGGGGGGAUUCCCGUCCUCACAGGGGGGUUACACGCCCGUCCAGGGGGGUUAUGCGCCACAACCAGGCUACCCGCCCCAGCAAGAUGUCAUGCCAGUGCAAUCCGGCGGAUAUUAUCCGCCCAGCGUAGGAGGACUUCCUGUGCCCGCACAGCAGGGGUAUCCGCCACAGGAUUUACUCACAAGUCCACCUCAGGUUUAUACCGGUGGGCAGCCGUAUGGAUAUCCGCAAAACUCCCAGCCGUCUUUAUAUCCCCAGCAGCAGCAUCCGCAACAUGCUAUGUACGCUACAGCUGAAUCUCAACUCGGGGGGAGUCAGUAUUCUUUAAUGGGGGGAUAUCAACCCCCCUCUGGUAGCAUGAAUUUGGGCGUGACCCACCCUGGAUUUACGACAUCAUUCCCCCCAACUUCUCAGGACGACGGCCUGUAUGCGAUGACGUCGUCUCCUCACGCGCCAGCUGGCGGAGGACCACCGUAUCCAAGUUUGCCCCUCCCCGGGAUGCCUGGUCCGGGGGAGAUGGCGGGGAUGCGGUACGUUGGCGGGGGACAGUACCCAGGACCUCCCCCGCACCAGUUCCAGCCUGGACUGUACGAUACAACUUCGCCGCCGGGUUAUUUGCCGCAUCCAGGAUUUUAG